AUUAUUAUCGGUAUUAAUCUAGAAAGGAACAUCCGGACUUCAAAAGCUAUGGGGAGGCAGAUGUGAUGUUGUUGGCCAAACACUUUUUCAGUAAUGAUGUGGACCAGUUCAUGGCAGAAUGGCAUCGUUUCAAAUUUGAUCUCAUUGACUUUCAGGGGGACAUGGAGUUUUCUUUGAGGCAGCUAUGCCAGUCUCAGAAACAGUACCCACUGCUGUCUGAAGUCGCAGAGAUUUGCUACUCAGCCCCUGUCACAAAUGCUUGGCCAGAGAGGGGGGCUUCUGCUGUAAAGCGAAUUAAGACAAGGCUACGAAGCUUGCUUAAGGAUGACAUGUUGAAUGUUCUCCUACAAGUUUCCAUUAAUGGACCAACCUUGGCUGACGCAGACAGCAUAAUUCAAGAUGCUACAAAGCAUUGGCUGAAUGACAAAUCAAGGUACAAAUUGAAACGAGUGAACCAGCCACGACAACCCCCAAAGGAGAAUGCGGAACUACCACGUGCUGCCUUUUUCUCUGCUGCAACCCAAACUGACAUAGUAAUUGACUUGAAUAAGGAGGCGGAGGAAGAAGAACAGAGUAAAGAACAAGAAGCAGAGAUGAUAGUCGCAGAGAGCUUAGGUUUGGCUGGUGAAGACUGCACAGAACAAAACAUAUCAGACGAAGAUUCAGGCCUUGACUCUGUUUCUGAGGAUGAGUUUUAGCCAUGCCCCACUCUCGCCUUGAAUUAUCUGACUGCUUUAUUAGAUAAUUAUUAGCUAAAAUAUCUCAAAAGAUUUAUGUGAUUGAUGAAUCAAAUAGGUCAUAUUCGUAUUUUUGUUGCAAAAUUUCAUAUGAUGUAACAGAAAAGGGCUGCAUUUUAUUAAAUACGUUGUCAUUUCUUGUGUUUGUGAAGCCUGUUCAUCUGCUUCAUUUGGGCAACCAAAAUGCACCAGAUUGCGUCUCAGAGCACUUAGUUUUUC